AUGACGAAGACAGUGAAAAAGAUGACUAUAAAUGAAAAGAAGGAGGCUGUUUCUGGGGAAAAAGACACACAAGAUAGGUCCAGUAUUGCUGAAAACACUAAUAGCACAGAAAUCUUGGAUUCAAAUGGAAAAAUCAAUACUUCGGAAAAACAUUACCCAAACAUUUACUUCAAGCCAAGAAGCCAGAGUAAUACUAUUGUGAUGGAUAAUGGCACUUUUGAACUCAAAGCUGGUUAUUUAAAUGAUCUAUGUAUAAUUGCCAGGAAUAGAUUAUUUAAAAGUAAGGAUAAAGUAUCUUUGGAGCCUUUUCCUUCAUCGACAGUUAGAUCUAUGUUUGAUGGUGAUGUAAUAAUCAAUUUUGACGUUUUAGAACAGACUAUUGAUUUGAUUUUUGAAUACAUGAAACCCAGUUUCAUCGAGAAUUUAAUCUUUACUUCUACCCCAUAUAGUCCAACAGAACAGGAAUUAAUCGAUUUUCUAUUUGAAACAUACAAAUUUAAUAAGAUUCAAAUUGGAUAUGAUUUUAUUUAUCUGUACCACAAGUAUUUUGAUAAAAAAGAUUGUGUAGUAGUUGAUUUUAAAUACUCCAGCAUCAUUGUGUGUGUUAUUAAGGGAUAUCAAAUAUUUGAUAUUUACAAAAUUAAUUUUGGAGGCAAGGACAUGUUAGAAUACAUAAAUUACACCAUGAUCGAUAAAUAUAGGGAAAGUCGAAAAGAUUACAAGGGGCUUGUUGAAUAUCUUAGGGUUUCUGAUAAUUAUGAUAGCGAGGCAUUAUCCAUUUAUCAUGAUAUGUGUAGUGGUAUAUAUGACCGUAAUAUCUUUUUAACAGAAUCAACGGUACAAAAGAUCGAGCCGGCUAUUAAAAAGAUGAAAAAGGUAGAUAUUAAAUCAACAGGACAAAUUCCUGUGGUAGACUAUAGUCUUCUUGAUAUUCCAGAUGAAAGCCUUAGUAAAGAACAAUUGAAGGAAAAAAGAAGGAUGAAGAUGUUAUUCUGUGGCACUCUUUCAAGGCUCAAAACAAAGGUAGAAAAACUGUUCAUAGAACUUGAUGAGAGCAUUGGAAGUCUUGAGGAUGAGCUUGAAAAACAAAGUAAUCUAAAAAAGUAUAUUUCGAAGAAAAAGGCCAAGUUUGAUAAAUUGAAGAGAGAACUUGAGUUAAGAGACCAACUGAGAAGAGAAGCAAGAAAUAGAAAGUCGAGGGAAUUUUCUAUUAAGUUUAAGGAAGGACAGCUAACUGAAGAGGAGCAACUACUAAAAUAUCAAAUUAUAGAUGCAGAAGAUGAAGAACAAGAAAAUGCUAUAAUUUCAAAUGUUGAAAAAUUAGCGCUUGAGAUCACAGAAUUAGAUCCUGAAUUUAUUCCUUUCUAUGCUAACACCGUUGAAAUUUUGAGAGGAGACAACCUGGGAAGACAAUGUGUAAAUGUAGAGCUACUUAAAUGGCCAGAAAUAAUGUUUGACCCGUCUAUUAUCGGUUCUGAACAAAUGGGAUUGAGUGAAAUAUUUGAAAAUAUAUUUCCACAGACACAAAUUGAAAAUGUUUUGAUUUGUGGUGGGUUUUCAUUUAUUAGAAACUUGGAAAAUAGAAUUAUAAAUGAAGUAAGAACCUAUCUUCAUAGUGGUAAUGUAAAUUUAAUUAAGAUCAAAGACUCUCAAAAGGAGCCAUUUUAUAACUGUCAGUUCUCUGAUAUGUUUCCCAUUUAUACGAGAGAAGCAUAUGAGAGAUCAAAGAAGGUUGAUUACACCAUAGAAUAA